GGAAAGUGGCUUCAGCGCUCAAGCGCUCGUGAUCUCGGGUUAUACUUGUGCUUCCACCACCACCUCUGCCCGCGCCCCGCGCCCGCUGCAAAUAUCUCAAAUAUCGUUCGCUGGGCUGGUCAACCAACCAUGGGCUUGCUGACUAUCAUUCGGAAGAACCGGCAGAAGGAGAAAGAGAUGCGCAUACUGUUCCUCGGCCUCGAUAACGCUGGGAAGACGACCAUUCUCAAGAAACUCAAUGGAGAGGACAUCAUGGGGAUCAGCCCAACAUUGGGCUUCAACAUCAAGACUUUCGUCCAUCGCAAAUACACCCUGAAUAUAUGGGAUGUCGGAGGACAACGCACACUCAGACCGUACUGGCGUAACUACUUCGAGCAGACAGACGCACUAGUUUGGGUAGUCGACUCGGGCGAUCGUAUGCGGAUGAACGACUGCAAGGAAGAGCUGCACAGUCUCCUGCUAGAAGAUCGACUAGCGGGCGCGUCUCUGCUCGUAUUCGCGAACAAGCAGGAUCUGCAGGGCUCCAUGAGCAGCCCUGAGAUCCGCGACGCAUUGGACCUUCUGUCCAUCAAGUCCCACCGGUGGAAGAUCUUGCCUUGCAGUGCUAUGACCGGCGAGAACCUCGUGGAGGGUCUUGACUGGGUCGUCGACGAUGUGGCAGGUAGGCUGUAUUAUUCGACUACUACUGAGGAUACAGUGCCACGCCAGGAGCCAAGCCCUGUCGCUGUACACUAACCUUUAAUGUAAUACCACACUGCUGUCAUGAUAUCCUCGUUCUGUAGAGUCUAUUCGUUCGGAUGAACUCGACAAGGUCUGUAUAAUACAACUGGACUCUGAUUAAUGAUUGCCUGAGCGACUGUACAUGUCGCUGGCAGGCGAUAGGUGUACGCGUCAGUGCCUGCGCAAUAUGCUGGUGCACUUGGCUACUUACAUGGCUACUUACACGCACAAGGAGCCUGUCCCACAACUGACACAGUAAAUCCGUUAAUAUUCAGUACCGUUAAUCAAG